CCUCCAUGUCCCGGCCUCCCGGGCGACACAGAGAAGAAAAAACGAAACAGCCGAGAUGGAGAACGCACCGGCCACCACCACCUCCUCCACCCAAGACGGCGGCGGCGGCGCCGGCGGCCAUGUCUUCCUCCUCGCUUUCCCCGAGGCGCAAGGCCACGUCAACCCGAUCCUGCAGUUCGGCCGCCACCUCGCGGCGCACCACGGCUUCCUCCCCACGCUCGUCACCACCCGCCACGUUCUCUCCACCGUCCCGCCCCCUCUCGCCCCCUUCCGCGUCGCCGCCAUCUCCGACGGCUUCGACUCCGGCGGCAUGGCGGCCUGCGGGGACGCCAGGGAGUACACCCGGCGGCUGGCGGAUGUGGGCUCGGAGACCCUGGGUGUCCUCCUCCGCUCCGAGGCCGCCGCGGGGAGGCCGCCCCGCGUGCUGGUGUACGACCCGCACCUCCCGUGGGCGGGGCGCGUGGCGCGCGGCGCUGGGGUGCCAGCCGCCGCGUUCUUCUCGCAGCCGUGCGCCGUGGACGUCAUCUACGGGGAGGUCUGGGCGGGGCGCGUUGGGUUGCCCGUCGUGGACGGGGGCGCGCUCCGGGGGUUGCUGAGCGUGGAGCUCGGGCCGGAGGACGUGCCGUCGUUCGUGAAGGCGCCGGAGUCGUACCCGCCGUUCCUGGAGGCGGUGCUGGGCCAGUUCGACGGGCUGGAGGACGCCGACGACGUGCUCGUCAAUUCUUUCCAAGAAUUGGAGCCGAAGGAGGCAGAUUACUUGGCAUCAGCAUGGCGUUUUAAGACGAUUGGUCCGACCGUACCAUCCUUCUACUUGGAUGACGAUCGCUUACAACCAAACAAGAACUAUGGGUUCAACAUUUCUGACAGCACUUCACCUUGCUUGGCGUGGCUAGAUAAUCAGCCCCCUUGCUCUGUUGUCUAUGCUUCCUAUGGGACUGUUGCUGAUCUUGACCCAACUCAGUUAGAUGAGCUGGGCAAUGGAUUUUGCAAUUCCGGUAAACCGUUCCUUUGGGUCGUGAGGUCCUGUGAUGAACACAAGCUAUCAGAAGAACUCCGUGACAAGUGCAAGGAGAGGGGCCUAAUCGUUUCUUGGUGUCCCCAGCUUGAGGUCUUAUCUCACAAAGCCACAGGCUGUUUCUUAACUCACUGUGGAUGGAACUCAACAACAGAAGCAAUUGUUACUGGCGUUCCACUGUUAGCGAUGCCUCAGUGGACAGACCAACCAACUACAGCGAAGUACAUUGAAAGUGCAUGGGGAAAUGGUGUACGCGUACAUCGGGACAAGGAAGGCAUGGUGAGAAAAGAAGAGGUGGAGAGAUGCAUCAGAGAGGUUCUAGAGAGUGAGAGGAAGGCAGAGUACAGGAAAAAUGCUAAUAGGUGGAUGAAGAAAGCUAAGGAAGCCAUGAAGAAAGGAGGGAGCUCGAAUAAGAAUAUUGCUGAGUUUGCCUCGAAGUACGCUUCAUAUUGACAUGGAAUAGUUUUCAUCCAGCUACCAAGGUAUUUUAUUUAGAUCUCUGGUUAUGAUUACAAUAAUGGAGGGAGAAAGUUUAGUUCUCCUAUGGAAUAGUUUUCAUCCAGCUACCAAGGUAUUUUAUUUAGAUCUCUGGUUAUGAUUACAAUAAUGGAGGGAGAAAGUUUAGUUCUCCUAUGUUAUUACAAUAAUGGAGGGAGAAAGUUUAGUUCUCCUAUUAUAGUUUGCUCAACGAUAUUUGGACAAGAAAAUCAAUUACUUUGUCUUCCCCAAUUUAUAAUAAAUGACUUUCAACA